UCAACUUCUCCUGCAUUACUAACUUGCACCAAGACUCCAGAGGAUGAGGAUGUCCCUGGCAUAACCCCCCUCCUGCCUAUCCUUCUGUUGCCUGCACAGCGCCCGGCUCCUCCUGCAUUACUGACUUGCACCAAGACUCCAGAGGAUGAGGAUGUCUUUGGUGUAGCCUUCUUCCCCAGCCUUCUGUUGACAGCAUCGUUCCCUACUCCUCCUGCACCGCUCACCUGCACCGCGACUCCAGAGGAUGCUGCUAGCGACACAGCAGAUGCCUUCCCCGGGUCUGAGCAGAUCUUCCCGCCUGAGUACCGACGACCCGGAGACUUGCAGAGGGAGCAAUGACUUCUAAGCACCAGUCUGAUUGGAUCCCCUACAGUGUCCUGGAUGAUGAGAGUAGUAGUCUUCGGCAGCAGAAACUUGACAGACAGCGCGCACUUUUAGAGCAGAAGCAGAAGAAGAAGCGUCAGGAGCCCCUCAUGGUCCAGUCCAAUGUGGACGGUCGGGCGCGAACCCGCAGGAUGAAGCAGUCGGAGGAGCAGGCGCCCCUGGUGGAGUCUUAUCACAGCAGCAACAGCAGCACCAUAUACCACGGUGAGCCUAUAGGGGGCGCCGCGCAGGGGUGGGGGGGGCUGAAUGCAAGA